AUGCACUGGCGAAGCUCAUUGAAACUUGGUGAUAGCCGACAAAGGGUGUCUAUGGCCCUUGCUGACACGACUGAUCAUGAAAUCUAUGUGACUUUGACGUGUUGCUACAAUGAGAAAUACGACAGUGUCAAGGGAUCAGUUGGCACUCAGCUUGUUGGUGAAAGGGUGAAAAUAAUUCUGGAUGAAGUUCGGGACUUAUCUCUUUUUACACGCAUCCAGUGUCUGCAGCAUAUUGGGGAACACUUUCAACCUGCUAUGGACGGGCUCGAAAACGAGGGUUACUCUGUUGUUGGAGAUGCUGUUCUGAAAGACUACAUAUUUGUCCACCUUGAUAGCAAUCAUGAAAAAUUCAAUCUGCUCAUGUUAGCUACUUUCCCUAAAUACCUUAGCUUCAUGCUGCAGAAGCUAUUUUCUCUUGUGGAUCAGACUUCUGUGCCUGACAACCCAGAUUCCUUGCAAAAUCAGGAAGUGUUGCUGCCUGGUCAUUUAAUUAUAAUUUAUGUCAAGGAAAAGCUACAAGAUUGGCUGCUCAAGGUGAGACGUCUACUUCAGGAUGAAAUCAAUAGCAAGAGCAAGAAAUUCGAAUUCAACAGCUUAGCCCAUGUGAAGAAGGUCAUGGAUAAAUAUCCUUCAAGACAAAUUAGCUCAGCUGUUGAAACUAUGUUGAAGACUGGAAGAUUGGCUACACAAUCAGGUCUAGAUUUACAGCAGCGAGCUGGCUUGACAGUUCAGGCAGAAAGGCUCAACUUUCUACGGUUUUUUUCACAUUUUCGAGCUAUUCAUCGAGGCGCUUCGUUUGCGGGUCUUCGCACUACAAGCGUGCGGAAGUUGUUACCCGAAGGUUGGGGUUUUCUUUGCCCUGUUCACACACCUGAUGGGGAGCCAUGUGGGCUGCUGAAUCAUAUGACUUCUUCUUGUCGUGUCACAUCAUAUUAUGAUUCACAAGGAAAUAUAAGGGACUUCUUCAAAAUACGAUUGUCUAUUCUCAGUGUUCUGGUUGGAGUUGGUAUGACACCUUCAUCGCCAAAGCUGGUUCAAGCUGGCCCUCCUGAAGUUCUAUCUGUUCUUUUGGAUGGUCGUGUUGUUGGCUCUAUACCAUCUGAUAUUGUCGAGAAAUCAGUUUCGCACUUACGAAAAUUAAAAUUGUCUUCAACCUCAGUGAUUCCUGAUGACCUGGAAGUUGGAUAUAUUCCUCUGAGCUUGGGUGGAGCAUACCCUGGUUUGUACCUGUUCACAUGUCCUUCUAGAUUUGUUCGCCCUGUUAGAAACAUCUCUGUUCCGCCUCAGGAAGGUAAUGAUGUUGAACUAAUUGGGGCUCUUGAACAGGUUUUCAUGGAAAUAAGUUGUCCAGAUGGUGGAAAUGGAGGGAGGAGAAAUAAUUUCCUUGCCACUCAUGGAGAGAUUCAUCCAACUGGAAUACUCAGCGUGGUUGCAAGUCUUACGCCUUGGUCUGAUCAUAAUCAGAGCCCCCGUAAUAUGUACCAGUGCCAGAUGGCAAAACAAACAAUGGGUUUUUCUUUACAAUCAAUACACUGUCGUGCAGAUCAAAAGCUUUAUCAUCUUCAGACUCCGCAAAACCCCAUUGUACGUACCAGUGCCUAUGAAAAGUACAGCGUGGACGAGUUUCCUUUAGGAACCAAUGCAAUAGUGGCUGUUUUGGCUUAUUCAGGAUAUGAUAUGGAGGAUGCCAUGCUUUUGAAUAAAUCGUCUGUGGAUCGUGGGUUCGGUCAUGGUUAUAUAUACCAGGCACAAGGUACAGCGAGCCGCAGAAGGACUCAAGGUGAGGCGAGUCUAGAAAAGCGCGUAUUAGGGGGGCGCUUUAGAAUACUUUUGUCUCUUGGCAAUCGGAGGAAGCAGACGGUUGAUUAA